GCUCCUGUCCGACGAUUAGCACGACAUUUUUUCGUCACCGCUCCUAGAUUCGAUACCUCCGAUAUCAGGAUCUCCGAUAAGCGUUCAACCAUCGACGGGUCUCGAAACUGCGCUUUCCCGGGCCCACGUUUGGGUAUUGCGACUACCCGCUUCCUCGGACGACCGCUUUCUCAUGCGUCCCCGCACAUAAGCAAAGAAAAUGGACUCGGAAGACGGCGAGAUUUUCAUCAAGCAACUGGCUAGCUUUGUGCGUACUCAUGAGAAGGCUCUUGCCAACGCGCUUCAAUUUAAAAGACAGAACGCCCCUCGCCAUGGAGCCUCGCAGAGUGUGUCCUCCAUUCCGACAGGGACCGUGCCGCCUUCCCCGACGGUACCUGAAAGACCCUCAACAGCUGGGUCAGCUUCGAGCACCCUCGCUGCCGCCCUCUCACUUGGAACCUUGAACUUCACAUCUCACAGCGUCAAGUCGGCAAAAUUGGCUCUGACUCCCCACCAUCUGUUCUAUUUGCUUUCUCGCUUCGAGGAAUUAGGCAUCCCGGUCGGACCUAUGAAAGUUCGCCUCGAGAAUCUGCACGAUAGCAAUGUCUCGGCCAACUACGUGUCGUUUCUCGGCCAGUCGCAGCGUUCAAAGAACCGGGGCUCUGACGUAGGCUCUAUCCGUUCUGUCUCAAGCAUCAGAACCGUGAUGUCGAGCAUGUCUGCUCUGUGGGCCAGUUUCAGCAUUGGUUCGAGCAUAUCGGCUGCCCGGACGGAAAAGCAGAAAGCUGCAAUCCAGGCCGAUCUGAAGUAUCUUUAUUCCGCCUUCACCAAGAUUCCCUGCCUGAGGUUGGCUCCAGAUUGGCGAGCCCGGCUUAUCAAGGGCUACGAGGAGUUUCCGUUCGACUCUGCGGUGCCGCUGUAUGCAUUCAAGAACGUACAAGCACUCGAGGUCUGCGACAUCGACUUCCGGCAGUUCUUUGGGUGGGACAGGCUUGCGGAUCAGCUCCGAUCCCUUACGCUCAAGCGUGCCAGCAUCGAUGACCCGACAGAUAUCCUGAUCGAUAUCGUAUUAGAUGACAUGGACAGACGUCGUCGCCGAACAUCCAAGGGCCACACAUCUCCUUCAAGACCGUGGCCUAGGGCUUCAAGUCCUCGAAGAAGCCCAACGGCGUCCAACAACGAGCUCGCUAAAUCGGCCCCCAUUCCAGGCCUAUCUGAGCCGCGAAAGUCCACAGUAGACCUGCAGGUCGGGUCACUCAACAGCGAAGGAGGAGGCGAUCAGAGUGGAUCUGGUGGGCCGGAGAGUCGGAGGCCGUCUGUUGCCAGGAUCGACAGCGAGGAGCUGAACUCGCCUUCCAAGGACGAUGGCCGGACGCGCAGCCACUCCCCCCGACGUCCGGGAAGUUCUAGGAACCCAUCGGCAAAUGUGCGCGGCUCUAACAAAAUUCGGCGAUCGGGCUCCGGGAGCUCUCACUCGAGCCUUUCCGACUCGUGGCACAACUCGCGCGGGAGCUCCUCGAACCUCCUCCCCGCCGGCGUCCUCCCGGCAUCCAAGUGGCGCUUCCUCAAGCACCUGAGCCUGGCGGAUAAUUCGCUGACCGCGAUCCCCCCGGGGAGUUUGAACCCUCUCGCAAACACCCUCAAUUCGCUCGACCUCUCUUCCAACCUGUUCACGCAGAUUCCCGACAGUCUGGCUAGUCUGACCGCGCUCCGUGCAUUGAAUCUGGCUCACUGCAUGAUCGAGUCUCUGCACUCUCUCACGCGCAACCCGCUGCCGGCGAUCAGCGCCUUGAACCUCCGGGCGAACCGGCUGCAGUCGAUUGCAGGGAUCGAAAAGCUCUUACCGCUUGAAAGGCUAGAUCUGCGAGACAACCGGCUGUCUGAUCCCAUGGAACUGGCUCGGCUAACCGGGAUCCCCGACAUACGCGAGAUCUGGGUGGAAGGUAACCCAUUCACGCGCACCCACCGCGACUAUCGCAUCACCAUCUUCAACCUCUUCCGCCGGACACCUGGGUAUACCGAGGAUAUCAUGAUUGACGCUACCGGGCCGUCAUAUGCCGAAAAGCGAUAUCUGGCGGAGCGAGCCGAAAUACCACCCGCCGUACCCGUCGUCAAGCCCGAACCCCCGGAGAUACCUGCUGUCGACGUGAGCAGACCCGCGAUCAUCUAUGAUGCUCCUCACAAAGAGCCAGCAGUCCUCCGCAAAGAGAGGCCUCUACCGAAGACGGUCACCAGCGAAGUCAACACCAAUUCUACACGACGUCGCAGGGCGCCCAAGCGUCGCAUAGUCGAUCUGGCUACCAACGACAACCCUAUACCCUAUGCGCGCCCCGUUGACCGCCACUCGGACGCUGUCCACAACAAUACGGAUGCUGGCGAUCACUACCGUACCUCGCAGCCGGCCGGGACCCCCGAGACGACACAGGAUGCCGUGGCGGAAACCUCGGUUCACAACAAGGCGGAUGUAGCCCGGGAAGUUCCCAGGAUUGACACCAAUGUUGUACCCCAGUUGCCUUCUAUGUUCGGCUCUCCGGGAAACAAGGCCCACUGGGAUGUUGGCGGAGAACUCUACCGUCAACGGAUUGAGGAUAUCCGCAACAAGGUCGGAAACGGCUACCUUAGUGUCCUCAGCGAAGAGGGUUGGGAUGCGUCGUCCCGCCCAUCCGAAUUGCACCAAGAAGCCGAGUUUAGCGCACCCUCUCCGUCUAUCAACUCCGACCCCACGAUGACCCGGCCGAAUAUGCAAGCCAUCCCGAGCGGCGGUGCGUUCGCCUAGCGAACGAAGUUACUCGAGACUUUUUAACUUCCUACCCAAUGAUACCCCCUUUUUUUGUUCUACGCUGCUCGGCUUGACGAUCCUCC